GUGGUGAUACCGUGGGCUUUCAAUAGUAAAACCGAGACUGCAAGCAACAAUUGAUUUAGUCCUGUCUUUACUUUUCCUAUUUUACCAGGCUGAAAAAGUCCCUUGGGUCGACACUGUCAAUACCUUUUAGAAUUUUGAAUGCAUGACAUUGCUGUUGUAGUGACCAGACUAGGACAACCAGCAGGAGCCAUAAUGAGUACUACAUCAAGGAAGUACAGCACCUUUGUUUCUGAGCCAAUGCUCAACAAAUCAGUUCGUGCCGUGCCUGGUGUGGGGGACGUUCUGGGUAGAAGACUGGAGAUGAAGCAGCAUUCCCAGGCAACCAACCUGUUGGGUGUUUACCUGCAGAAUGGAAAAAAUAAAGAGAAAUUCAGUACCUGGAUGAAGGACAACUGCGGUGCCAGCAAGAGUCAGGCUGAGAGAUGCUAUAAUGCCAUGUCAGAAUGGAGUGAUGCCAAUUUGUAAAACCAGACAAGAGUGUGCAUAUCGUCUCCUUUCUGCUUCUCAUCAAGAUAUUGCAGAACCCACUCUGAAUGCCAGCUCAACACUUUUUGUUUGACACAAUAAUAUUUUUUUCAAUCAGUUAUAUAUCUGUGUUAUGUUGAUAGCUUUUGUUUUAUGUUUGAUGUAUUUUCUAUGUUCCACACCAUUAACAUUUGUAAUUUUUUUUUUUUUUUUUAACAUUUUAAUACCUGUUACCAGUUUUCCCUUUUCUUUUGCUGUUAUUAAAUGUUAAUAUUUCAACCAUGCUUCAGUUUUAUGAGAAAACAGAAUUCCACAUAGUAUACAUCCCCUUAAACUUUUCCACAUUUUAUUGUGUUAUAACAUGGAAUCAAAAUUGAUUUAAUUAGGUGUUUUUGCCACUGAUCAA